GAAGGAUAACAUUCCAUAGCUGCAUAAAAGCCAUAUUCAUCAUAGUUAUUGUUCUCUUGAAUUGGAAUAGUGCCAAGACACCCACGCAACAAUGGUCCAUCUCGCAGCUGUCCGCAAAAACUCCGAGGUGCUCCCACUACGCAUGGUGAAGCGGGUAGAUACGAUCCCGCUUGAGGAGCCCCAGGAACAUGACUUCUUUUCUAGCGUCUACGGCUCGCGCUUUGCCGCCGAGGACCUGCCCACCCAUGAGAUGCCCGAGAAGGAAAUGCCCCGGGAAGUUGCCUAUCGGAUGAUCAAGGAUGAAUUGAGUCUGGAUGGGAAUCCGAUGUUGAACUUGGCCAGCUUUGUUACGACUUACAUGGAGGAAGAGGCAGAAAGGCUUAUGGCAGAGUCUUUCAGCAAAAACUUUAUCGACUAUGAGGAAUAUCCACAGUCUGCAGAGAUACAGAACCGCUGCGUCAAUAUGAUUGCCCGUCUUUUCAAUGCUCCGGCAUCAGAUGAAUCUGACCAUGCAAUGGGAACCUCAUGCGUCGGCUCUUCUGAGGCCAUUAUGCUCGGCACCCUGGCUAUGAAAAAGCGAUGGCAAAAUAAACGCAAGGCAGAAGGCAAAGAUUACUCGCGUCCCAACAUCAUCAUGAGCAGUGCCGUUCAAGUUUGCUGGGAAAAGGCAGCUAGGUACUUUGAUGUCGAGGAGAAAUUCGUGUACUGCACCAGUGAGAGAUACGUUAUUGAUCCAGAGGAGGCUAUUAGCAUGGUGGACGAGAACACCAUUGGUAUCUGCGCUAUCCUUGGCACCACAUAUACCGGUCAGUACGAGGACAUCAAAGCUCUCAAUGAUAUCAUGAUCGAGAAGGGUAUCGACUGUCCGAUCCAUGUCGAUGCUGCCAGCGGAGGGUUCGUAGCACCUUUCGUUAACCCCAACCUCGAAUGGGAUUUCAGGCUGGAAAAGGUCGUUUCCAUCAACGUUUCUGGGCAUAAAUAUGGACUGGUGUAUCCCGGCGUAGGUUGGGUUGUCUGGCGAUCGCCAGAAUACCUGCCCAAAGAAUUGGUGUUUAACAUCAAUUACCUCGGAGCUAACCAGGCAAGCUUCACUCUUAAUUUCUCCAAAGGAGCAUCACAGGUUAUCGGCCAGUAUUAUCAAAUGAUCCGCCUCGGAAAACGCGGUUACCGCUCUAUCAUGGUCAACCUUACGCGCACAGCCGAUUACCUAGCAAGCGCAUUGAGACAGCUAGGCUUCAUCAUCAUGAGUGACGGUAAAGGCCACGGCUUGCCGCUCGUCGCGUUCCGACUCAAUCCGGAUGACGAGAAUGUCAUGUACGACGAGUUCGCCCUUGCCCAUCAACUGCGUGAACGCGGCUGGGUCGUCCCGGCAUACACCAUGGCACCACACAGUGAGAAGCUGAAGCUCAUGAGAAUUGUUGUCCGCGAAGACUUCAGUAAGAGCCGUUGCGAUAACCUAGUGAAUGAUAUCAAACUUGCGCUGCAGCAAUUAAGCGACAUGGAUAAGAGAACGUUAGAAAAGUUCCAACAGCACAUUCGCCGUCAUGUCACUAAUUCUGGCAGUGCGACGCAUAAUCAUCCUCAGUACCAGGAUGAAGACCACUCGCUUCAGGGGAAGACAGGCAAAACUCAUGCUAUUUGUUAGGUAGCAAAAUGAUUU